AUGGUUGAAUCAGAGAGGGCACAAGAACUCGCUGGAGCUGAUGCCCAUGUUCUUCGUGUUGCUGAUAUAGGGAGGGAUGGGCUAUCCUUGCGUUUCCGCUGCUCUCGGCCUUGUUUAUAUCGUAUCCCAUUAUCUCUACUUCACCGGCUAUGCCACCGGCGAUCCCAAGAACCGUCUCACUCGGCUUUGAAUGAGCUUUUAGAGUCUGAUGACAAGUUUGGGUUUAUAGUCAUGGAUAGUAAUGGCACAUUAUUCGGUACGCUAAGCGGGAACACGAGAGAGGUACUUCAUAAAUUCACCGUUGAUCUACCGAAGAAGCAUGGAAGAGGAGGACAGUCCGCUCUGCGUUUUGCUCGUUUGAGAAUGGAGAAGCGGCACAACCAUGUGAGGAAAACUGCAGAACUGGCCACCCAGUUCUUUAUUAAAUCUGCAACUAGUCAGCCUAAUGUUUCUGGGCUGAUACUGGCUGGUUCAGCUGACUUUAAGACUGAAUUGAGCCAGUCCGACAUGUUUGAUCCUCGUUUACAAGCCAAGAUUUUGAACGUUGUUGAUGUGUCGUAUGGCGGUGAAAACGGUUUUAAUCAAGCUAUUGAGCUCUCUGCUGAAAUCCUGUCGAAUGUAAAAAAAUACUUCGGCGUAGAUGAUACAUUGAAGGCUCUGGAAAUGAAUGCUGUAGAACUUCUCAUUGUUUGGGAAAACCUGGAGAUCAAUAGGUACAUGCUAAAACAUAGUAUAACGGCUGAAAUUAUCAUAAAACGCCUGAAUAAGGAGCAGGAGGCUGAUCAGAGCAACUUCCGUGAUCCUGAAACCUCUGCGGAGUUGGAAGUUCAGGAAAAAAUGCCGCUACUCGAAUGGUUUGCCAACAAGUAUAAGCGUUUCGGUUGCUCUCUUGAAUUUGUCACGAACAAAUCCCAAGAAGGAUCACAGUUCUGCAGAGGGUUCGGUGGCAUCGGAGGCAUCGUACGUUAUCAGCUUGACAUGAGAACGUACGAUGAACUCUCCAAUGGAGAAGUUUACGAGGAUUCUGAUUGA